CCCGCGGCCCCACGCAGCCGCUUGGGCCGGGCCGGGCCGGGCCGGGAGCGCCUGGCGGGAGCGGAGCGGGUUCGGAACCAAACGGGACGGGCGGGACCAGCCGCCUCCGGGACAUGGAGGGCGUGCGGCCGGGCGGGGGGCCCCCCGCGGGCGGGCCGGGGUCCGGCUCGGCGUCUGGGUCGGGGUCCUUCCCGUCGCUCUUCCCGCCGGGUCUGCACGGUAUCUACGGCGAGUGCCGACGCCUCUACCCCGACCAGCCCAACCCACUGCAGGUCACCGCCAUCCUCAAGUACUGGUUGGGAGGACCUGACCCUCUGGACUAUGUUAGCAUGUACAGAAACCUGGGAAACCCAGCACUGAAUGUUCCUGAGCACUGGCACUAUGUCAGCUUUGGGUUAAGUGACUUGUAUGGAGACAACAGAGUACAUGAGUUUACAGGAACAGAUGGACCGAGUGGUUUCGGGUUUGAGCUGACAUUCCGGCUGAAGAGAGAGACGGGGGAGUCGGCACCACCCACCUGGCCAGCAGAGCUGAUGCAAGGCUUGGCCAGAUACGUCUUCCAGUCAGAAAACACCUUUUGCAGCGGUGACCAUGUGUCGUGGCACAGCCCUUUGGACAACAGUGAAUCUCGAAUCCAGCACAUGUUACUGACAGAAGACCCCCAGAUGCAGCCAGUGCAGACUCCUUUUGGAGUUGUUACUUUCCUACAGAUUGUUGGGGUUUGCACUGAGGAACUGCAUGCAGCUCAGCAGUGGAAUGGUCAAGGGAUCUUGGAACUGCUUCGGACUGUCCCAGUAGCUGGAGGCCCCUGGUUGAUAACAGACAUGCGAAGAGGAGAAACCAUAUUUGAGAUUGACCCACAUCUGCAACAGGAGAGAGUCGACAAAGGGAUUGAGACAGAUGGCUCAAACCUGAGUGGAGUGAGUGCCAAAUGUGCCUGGGAUGACCUGAGCCGGCCACCAGAGGAUGAUGAAGACAGCAGAAGCAUUUGCAUUGGGACCCAGCCUCGGCGGCUCUCUGGGAAAGAUACAGAGCAAAUCAGGGAGACUUUGCGGAGAGGGCUUGAGAUUAACAGCAAACCUGUCCUACCUCCAAUCAAUGCACAAAGACAGAAUGGGUUGAACCUCGACCGAGCACCAAGCCGUAAGGACAGUUUGGAAAGCGAGAGCUCAGCAGCCAUCAUCCCUCAUGAGCUGAUCCGCACCAGACAGCUGGAGAGCGUGCACCUGAAAUUUAACCAGGAGUCCGGAGCGCUCAUCCCCCUCUGUCUAAGGGGAAGGCUCUUACAUGGACGGCACUUUACAUAUAAAAGUAUUACAGGAGAUACAGCAAUCACAUUUGUAUCAACGGGAGUAGAAGGAGCCUUUGCUACAGAGGAGCACCCCUAUGCAGCCCACGGACCUUGGUUACAAAUCCUAUUGACCGAAGAGUUCGUAGAGAGAAUGCUGGAAGAUUUAGAAGAUCUGAAUUCUCCAGAGGAAUUUAAACUUCCAAAGGAGUACAGCUGGCCUGAAAAGAAACUGAAAGUUUCCAUCUUGCCAGAUGCCGUGUUCGACAGCCCACUGCAUUAGAGCUGAAUUACACUAUUCUAACAACUGGGAGAGCCAAGUUACUGUCCAUUACCCAGUGACUCACAGGAUAAUUAAUGCAGUAAAAACUCUGCCUGCAAAUAAAAAGAGUUUGCUGCACAACCACUGCAAACAGAAGAGGAGCUACUCAGCACCAGCCCAGACUGAACUGAGCCCUUUCCUUUAUCCUUCCCAAGGCUGAACUCUCUGGGAGCAGCCUGCGUAUGUGUGAGUGCGAGUGAGAAAUAUUUAACUAUGAAAAUUAGUAGUAAGAAUCCUUUCUCUCUCCUAGCUGCAGAACUCCCCUCUGCCUUAGCCCAGGGUGUAGACGCUCUGCACGCCUGUAUUUACACAUACAUUUCUGCCAGGUGCGAGCCUAUAAUCCAUGGAUUAAAUGUUCUUUACGUGA